AUGUCUCGAAUCCUUGAAGCCUCUGGCUCGCUGCCACCACUCCGGAAACCUCGCAAAGCCUACGCCAGAGCAGUCGAGGCCCAGAUCAGCGUGAGUGGCUGCACCCACGUCAGCGUCGGUCCGAUUGCCAAGGGGAACUACUCCGUAGAUGGCUCCAACCACAACAAGCCGGCAUACCGGAAGGAGCAGAAGGUGAGUGGCCUGGACGUCAUGCUCUACUACUGGGACGAGCGCGAUGGCGUCGAGUUCAGUGGCUGGUGGUUUGGGCCGAAGAUUGGCGGCGACCAGGUUUGGGCCUACCAGCCGACACGAGCCACGCAGACGCCACCGCGAACCGGAUGGAAGGCAGUCUUUAUGUGCUUAUGA